AUGGCCAAUACCUCGGCUUCGGAGGUUGAGUCAAUCAUGUCGAAUUCACGGACACCGCCAACUACCGCACCUAGCACUCCGCCGACGGAUCCUUUCGACGAUCAAGGCGAUGUAGGUCUUGUAGAUGAAGACAUUAUCAAAGAGGAAGCCAAAGCACGACUCGCCAAUAAUGCCGUGGAGGAGACCCGACGCGCGAAUCUUCUUAAGCAACGAAGAAAGAAGAAGGCAGAGACAAAGGCAGAGCGUGAAGCCAAGGCGCGAGAACUGGACGAGCUGCUACAGAAGAGCGCCGCCUUUAGCGAUAUCUUGACAAAGAAAACACAAGUUCUCGGCCGUGUUGGUAGCAGUUUAAAUGGCAAGAAGCUCGGCGAACACAAUCUGCAGAUGGCUGCACAGCCAAAGUGCAUGGUUGGUGGUACGAUGCGCGAGUACCAGCUUGAAGGGCUUACUUGGAUGUACGAGAUUUGUUCACAGGGUAUGAGCGGCAUCUUGGCUGACGAAAUGGGUCUGGGCAAGACGAUUCAAACCAUCGCACUGAUUGCACUUUUACGAGAACAAGAACAGUAUCUUGGGCCACAUCUCAUCGUGGCACCACUCAGCACGCUGUCAAAUUGGAUUGACGAGUUCCACAAAUGGGUGCCAUCUAUUCCGAUCGAGAUGUAUCAUGGCAACAAGGCCCAGCGAGAAGAAAUCUUUCACAAGAAGAUCAUGAGCCAUCUUAAGUCUGGCCGGCCCACCAACAAGUUCCCCGUCGUUUGCACAUCUUACGAGAUGGUGAUCAAUGACCACCAUAACUUAUCCCAAAUCAAAUGGGAGUUUAUCAUCAUUGACGAAGGUCACCGUAUGAAGAAUGCCGACGCAAAAUUAUUCCAGCAACUGCGGCAGUUUUCAUCUGCCACUCGUCUUCUGAUCACCGGCACGCCGCUCCAGAACAAUCUCAAGGAGCUUUGGUCCCUACUCCAUUUUUUGCUGCCAAACAUCUUUACCGACUGGGAGGCAUUUGAAUCAUGGUUCGACUUUUCGGAGUUGGGGGAUGAAAAGGGAACACAGCAGUUCAUCGAAGACCAAAUGAAGCAAGAUUUGGUCAAGAAAAUCCAUCUCAUCUUGCAGCCGCUUCUACUGCGCCGCAUCAAGCAAGACGUCGCCGCUUAUUUGCCCAAAAAGCGAGAGUAUGUUCUGUUUGCUCCAAUGACAAGGGAGCAGACGGACUUGUACAACGUCAUUUCUAACAAAAAUAUGGACACUCGAUCAUACCUCGAAGAUAAAGCUGUGGAGAUAAUUCGCAGCAAGACGGCCUCCCGGGCUUCCACGCGAUCUUCUUCUCGGGCGAGAUCGACAGCGAAGGCGGAAAAGGACGAGAAAGCGGUUUCUCUACCCCUUCGACAAGGAGCUAGAAGCAAAAAAGUCGAAGAACGGUCAGCGUCGCCAGCUCCCAACGCCUUUAGCCUCAUGAUGGGCAAACGGGGCCCAGGGCGGCCGCCUAAGAAUGCCAAGCCCGACCCCCUUUCAACGCCCAAAGCCCAGAAAUCGAAGCGAAAGAGUCCGCCGACCUCUGUCAUGUCAGAAACGAAAAGCGCAAAAUCUAGUCGACAGUCUACUCCGCUAAGCGUUCGCAGCCGUCGCCAGGCCCGCUCAUACAAGGAGGCCGACUCUGAUGAGGAGAAGAUGUCUGAUGACGAAUUCGAGGCAAAGCUGGCCAAUGAAAUGGCCAACGAAGAGGAUGACGACAAGGAUCCGGAGCCAAUGUCUGCUGAAGAACUGGAACGAGCGCAGACUCUAGACAUGGCUAAAAAACAAAUUUCACGCAAGAAGUUGGGUAACCCCCUGGCUCAGCUCCGGCUGGUUUGCAAUACCCCACACAACUUUUACAAUCCGUGGGCUAUUGCUACCAAUAUUCCAGUGGAUGAGACUAUUGUGACGGCAUCCGGCAAAAUGCUUCUUCUCGAUCGACUGUUGAAGCAUCUCUUCAUCGAUGACCACAAGGUGCUCAUAUUUUCGCAAUUUACCACACAGCUCGACAUUUUGGAGGAUUACUGCAGAGAACUGCGUGGCUGGAAAGCCUGCCGCAUUGAUGGCAGCGUUGCUCAAGCGGACAGACGUGAGAGCAUCAAACUCUUCAACGAGGACCCGGAAUACAAGAUCUUUUUACUAUCUACUCGUGCAGGCGGCCAAGGAAUCAACCUGGCCUCUGCGGACACUGUCAUUCUCUUUGACAGCGACUUUAACCCCCAGCAGGACUUGCAAGCUCAGGACCGCGCCCACCGUAUUGGUCAAACCCGUCCAGUGCUGGUGUAUCGUCUCGCCACGAAGGGAACGGUGGAGGAAUCCCUAUUACUUUCCGCCGACGCCAAGCGACGACUAGAAAAGCUCGUCAUCCGCAAGGGCGGGUUCAAGACAAUGGGCCAAAAGCUCAACGAAAUGGAAGAAGACUUAGAUCCCGAGACAUUACGAGCUUUGCUGCUCAAGGAUGGCCAAGUGUAUGAAGUGUCAGGCGGAGAUGAUAUCUUGAGCGACCAGGAUCUAGAAACCAUAUGUGAUAGGAGUGAGGAGGCAUUUGAGAGGGCUGCUAGGGGAGAUGGCGAUGCGGAUGGAUUCAGAGUCGUUGAGACGGGCGCUGACUCGAUCAAGAUGGCUAGAAAGAGCUGA